AUGCUCCACUCUCCUCUCAAGACAGCCUUGGCCUAUGAGUGCUUCCAAGACCAGGCCAGCUCCACGCUGGCUCUGCCCUCGGACCACAAGCUGAAAACUAAGGGCACAGGGAAGCAGAGGGUCCAGGAGCAGGUGAUGAUGACAGUGAAGAGGCAGAAGCAAAAGUCGUCUGUGUCGUCCAGCGUGGGUCACUCCAACAGAGGUUCCAUGUAUGAUGGGUUGGCUGAUGGCUAUGGCUAUGGCACCUCCCGGGGCAGCUACUACACCAAAAGCCAGACAGCAAACAGCAGCUGGGGCUAUCCGCUGUACAACGGGACCCUGAAGCGGGACGUGGAGAACAGGCGCUACAGCUCCUACAGCCAGAUGGAGGGCUGGGGCAGCAAGCACUACAGCAAGGCUGUCUGCAGCCCUGCCAGGGCUGGCAGUGACUACUGCUUCGUGCAGAACAUCAAGAGCAGCCGCAGCGAGCCUGACCUCUACUGCGAACCGCCCCGGGGCACCCUGCGCAGGAGCCAGGGGGGAGGCCGGGCCGAGCACAAGGCCACCCUGAACCGCCAGAGCAUCUACAGCAGCUGCAGCACCCAGCAAGGGACUACCAGGACAAGUAAAAAAAUGCCAGCCCGGGCCCUCUCCUGCCCCUCCAGCAACAAGGCAGAUGUGGUCUAUGCCCAGCCCAUGAUGAGCUGCAAGCAGGAUGUUUAUGGACAGACCCAGUCCAGCUCCAAGAUCUGUGGUGAUGAGCUGGAUGGUGGCACCAUGACCAUCCAGAAAGCCAUACAGCUCCUCUGCUCCUCUGAUGACAAAUACCAGGCCAUGGGUGCCUACUACCUCCAGCACACCUGCUUCCAGGACGAGUCUGCUAAGCAAGAGGUCUACCGGCUGGGGGGCAUCGCCAAGCUGGUGGAGCUGUUGCGCAGCACCAACCAGAACGUGCAGAGGGCAGCAGCUGGGGCCCUGAGGAACUUAGUCUUCAAGAAUCCAACCAACAAGAUCGAGACCCGGCGGCAGAACGGGAUCAGGGAGUGCGUGGGGCUGCUGCGCAGGACGGGCAACACCGAGAUCCAGAAACAGCUGACAGGACUGCUCUGGAACCUCUCCUCCACUGAUGAAUUAAAAGAAGAGUUGAUCCAGGAGGCCCUCCCUGUGCUGACAGACUGUGUUAUCAUCCCUUUCUCUGGCUGGUCUGAUGGUAGCUGCAACAGGACAAGAGAAAUCAUUGACCCAGAAGUAUUCUUCAAUGCUACAGGAUGCUUGAGAAACCUGAGCUCAGCAGACAUGGGACGCCAGACCAUGAGGAACUACCCUGGCCUGGUGGAUUCUGUCAUGACUUACUCCCAGAACUGUGUGGCUUCCAACCGGCCUGACGACAAGUCUGUGGAGAACUGCAUCUGCAUCCUGCACAACCUCUCCUACCGCCUGGAUGCUGAAGUUCCCAACAAAUACACCCAGCUCAACCACAUGGCCCGCAGUGUCUACAUGGACAAAACUCUCACAGGCUGCUUCAACAGCAGGAGUGGCAAAAUGGAGAACGAUGAGUACGGAGUCCCCCUCCCCGAGGAGGAUUUCAAACCCAAAGGACCCAGCUGGCUGUACCACUCCGAUGCCAUCCGUACCUACCUGUCCCUGAUGGACCAGAGCAAGAAGGAUGCCACCUUGGAAGCUUGUGCUGGAGCUCUGCAGAACCUCACUGCGAGCAGAGGGCUGAUGUCCAAUGCCAUGAGCCAGCUGAUCGGGCUGAAGGAGAAGGGUUUGCCUCGCAUCGCGCGGCUGCUGCAGUCCAACUGCUCCGACGUCGUCCGCUCCGGGGCCUCCCUGCUCAGCAACAUGUCCAGGCACCCUGUGCUCCACAAAACCAUGGCUCACCAGGUGCUGCCAGAUGUAUCACGUCUCCUGUCAUUCCAGUCUGGAAACACCAACAGCUAUGGGGAGAUCAUGACAUCAGCUUGUUACACUCUGAGGAACCUCAUCAUGUCCAACCCACACCUGGGAAAGUCUUACCUGACAAGCAACAUGCUCAAUAAUGUAGUGAACCUGUGCCGAAACGGCUCCUGUCCCAAGGCAGCUGAAGCUGCUCGCCUCCUCCUGACAGACCUUUGGUCCAACAGGGAGCUCCAGAGUGUGCUCAAGCAGCAAGGCUUUGAUAAGAACAUGAUGGGUUCUCUAGCUGGAACGACCUUCAGGACCCUCUCCUCCAGAUUUUAG